CAACAACAACAACAAAAAGUGAAAAACAACUCAGCCACUUUUUUAACAAGAAAAAAAGAGGAGAACGUAUUGUAUUCUUGGCAUGGCAAAGAGCAAAGACGGUUCGCUACUAAACCGGCUGAGACAAGCCGUAAAUAAAGUGAAAUUCGUGUUAAGUUUCAAGAUAAAUAGCCUCUGGGGUCUCGUACCAAUGUUUGGUUCUUCUUCUUCUUCCUCAUCUUUUCGGUUCAGUUUCAACGAUAGACAAGGUUUAGCAGCGGCUUGUGCCGAGGAUACCGAACCGGACUCAGCCAGUUCUUCAAGAGGAGCAUUGUAUAGAGCCGGGAGUUAUGAUCCAUCUUCAGACGAAGAUAUUGACAACAAAGCUGAGAUGUUCAUAGCUAACUUCUACAAGCAGCUUAAGAUUGAGAGACAAAUCUCUUUGGAACUUAAAUACUUGGGUAAUAAUCAGAGUUUCAACUAUAGGUCACCUUAGUUUCUAUACUUUUAUUUAUUCAUUCGUUCAUUUGUUGUAAUUAUAAGAUCCUUAAAAAAUUUCAUUGGGUCUUGGUUAAUGAUGGGGCCUGCUAUUUUUUUCGUGGUUAGGCUUCACGUAUAAUCAUGACAUUUUAUAACGUUGAAUGUAAUGAUCACAUAAGAGAAAUUGUGAUGGUGUAAUUAAUGUCAUUUUGAAUA